CGUCGCACUUUAAAGUUUGCAUUUUAAAGUUUGUGGUAAUUACACGGGAAACAAUAAGAGGCCAGACCAGUGAACCAACGGCGGUAAUCUCGCUCCUACCAUUCUCCGGCCAAAAUUCCAACAUACUAGCAGCGAACAGAGCAUCACGGACCAUCACCCUUCUCCCUCUUCUGCUACCGACCAGACGAUCAUAGUGCCUCUGUUUCCACAUCAUUCUAUCCCUGCUCUUUUUCUGCGGACGGACAAAGCAUCCAGCAGUAGCAGUGAUCUGUAGUUAAUCCAGGCCCAUCCUCCUCUCUCCAACGGACGCACUGUUGCUCCUCUCCACCGUGAGGUUCAAAUUGUUGCUGGUGGUGAAGAAAUUGAAGAGAUUAGAUGAGUUUCCUUCUGACGACAUUGACAAAGAAGCGGGAGGUGGACUCAAUCAUCAGAGAUACCAUCGACAAAGUUCUUGUUCUUCGCUUCGGCAGGGCUUCCGAUGCUGUCUGUCUUCAACUUGACGAUAUUCUUGGCAAGUCAGCACGGGGGGUGUCCAAAUUUGCAACCAUUGCUUUAGUAGAUAUUGACUCAGAAGACGUGCAAGUUUAUGUCAAGUAUUUUGACAUUACUUUGAUACCAUCAACUGUAUUUUUCUUCAAUGCUCACCACAUGAAGAUGGACUCAGGGACUGCAGACCACACUAAAUGGAUAGGUGCAUUUCAUAGAAAACAGGACUUCAUUGAUGUAGUUGAGGCAAUAUUUAGGGGUGCUAUGAAAGGCAAGCUGAUUGUGUGUUGUCCCCUGCCACCGGAGAGGAUUCCCAAAUUCCAGCUCUUAUUUAAGGAUGUGUAACAAGUGAAAUCUUAACCUAUGUAACUAUGGAAAUUUUUAAAAUUUAUGAACCCCCCCCCCCAACCCAAAAAAAAAAACGUAUAUGGUAUAUAAAGGAUAAAAGGAUAGACAGUUUCUCUGGAAUAAUUUGUUGACAAGAAGUUGGUCUGGCCUACUGAGAACAAGAGAUAAAGAAAUGAUAAGUCAUCUUAGUGUAGCAUUUUUUAUACAAA